AUGAGCAAGGUGUCGAAUCUCGACAAAACCAAGACAAAUACUCUUCCCACAGUGACCAACUGUAGCUACCCGAUUUAUCUCCUUACAGAUGCUUGUAGGGUCGAUCGUGUUGGACUUGCCAUAUCGAAACAGGCGAAACGCCUCGUUCCGCUUGGCGACCGGUACCGGCACGACCCCGGCACCAGACCCACGACAGAUCUGAAAGAAGAGCAAAGAUUUGCUCUCUUCUGCAAUCAGGUGGCGGUGUCACUAACAGUGGGGGGAUGGUUGGCGCAGGCCUUUAUCCAGACCUUGAUCGAUAAGGCCAGCGACAAAGCCAUCCAACUGUUUGCCGAGCGCCGGGGUUUUGCAGAGGACAUGAAAAAGCUGCACACGUCGCUGCUGCAGACGCAAAUCACCCUUGACGAGGUACAGAGUAGUCGGAGCAACAACAUCAAGUGGAAGACAUUGAUGCAGGAACUCAAGGAUGCUUCUUAUGAUGCUGAGGAUUUGAUAGAUGAGUUCCAAUACAAUAUCCUCAGGCAGAAGAUCAAAGGUGAAGAAGAGGACAAGGCAAGUGGCUCCAGUGGCCUUCUAAGCAUUUUGCCUGCUGCAAAAAAAUUGUUUGGUUCUUCCUAUGAUGAGAGAGCUAGAGUGAGGGAGAUUCAAGGAAGGUUGGAGACUAGUAUGAAGAGCAUCGUGAAUCUGCCAGCAACACAUGAUAGAGGGAAGCAACCUGAGGUGAAGUUUCAGGCCAGAGAAUCAUGCUCUUCCCCGGUGGCGGACAAAUUGAUUGGCAGAGAGAAAGAACUGAAUCAAGUGGUAGAGUGGUUGUUGGGGUCAGCUAAUCAGGUGGAACCUGCAUACGGAUUUGUCAACGAUACCUUCUCUAUCUUGCCCAUUGUCGGGAUAGGAGGUGCUGGAAAGACUACUCUUGUUCAGUAUGCGCACAAAGACAAUAGAGUUCAGGAUCAUUUUCACCUCAAGAUUUGGGUCUGUGUGUCUGACAAUUUCACUGUGCAGGGACUCACUAAAUCUAUAAUAGAGUCAGUAACUCUACAAAAACAAGAUGAGAAUAUGGGGUUAGAACCUCUUCAAAAAAUACUCCAUCAGCAUAUUGUGAAAAAGAAGUUUCUGCUUGUUCUUGACGACGUGUGGAGCGAUGAUAAGAGUAUCUGGGAGAAAUUCUGUGCACUACUCAAAGUUGGAGCUCAUGGUAGCAAAAUCAUUGUUACAACUCGGGGCAUGAAAGUUUCUAAAAUGGUUAGCCUGGCAGAACCAAUCUUGCUCCAUGGUUUAGACGAAGAUGCCUUUUGGCAAUUGUUCAACGAAUGCUCAUUUGGCACACUCAACCCUGAAGACUAUCCGGGGCUAGAAGACAUUGGUAGAAAGAUUGCUCGCAAGUUGAAGGGCUCACCAUUAGCUGCAAAGACAAUUGGCAGGGUUCUGCGAUCAAAUAUAUGCCAGCAACAGUGGGCCACCGUAAUGGAGAGUGACAUAUGGAAAGUAAAACAAGAUGAAGAUGAUAUUAUGCCAGCUCUGCAGUUAAGUUAUCAAUAUCUUGAUGAAAAUUUGAAGCAUUGUUUUGCUUUUUGCUCGUUGUUUCCUAAAGAUCACAAAUUCGAUAAAACUGAGUUGGUUCGAAUGUGGAUGGCUGAAGGCUUCAUUAAUGAAGAUAAAAACACAAAGAGUAUGGAAGACGUUGGAAGCGACUAUUUUCUUGAGUUUGUUAACAAUUCUUUUUUUCAAGAAUCAGAUAUCAUUAUGAAUUUUGGGAUGGAUUUGGGAUUAGAAUUGUGA